AUGAUCGAUCCUCAUCGACACAACCUGCUGCGUCAGCCCCAACCCAACGAACAAAGUCAAAGCCACAGCCCAAGAAAUGAAAAUGCCUCUGGAAACUCCAAUGCCGAAGACACCGAAACUCCUCAAGCAGCGCCUCCUACCUUGCGCCGUUCCGAGACAGCAGACUCGAUGAAGGCUCCUCCUGCCAGGGAAACCAAGACUACUGAGGCCAAGCCACCCAGGCAAAGCUCUACGUUUGAUCUUGGGAAGGCUGCUCCCGUCGUAGCGGGACACGUUCAAUCACAGCCUCCAAGAAACGAUCUUGACCAAAGCUAUUUUCCAAAGUCGACGCCCUCGUGGUUCUCCGGCGCUAGGAAUCGGAUGCCAUACUUUCGAUGGCUCGGUCCCACUGCAAUCAUGCCAGGCUUCAAGCAGAUGGUCGUCAAGGUCAAUCGUUCAUCAUCAACAGCCGACGGUGUAACCUCUCCGUCAGCUGGCGCUCAACCUGGCGCUUCCGCCAUGUCAAACCAUUCAGCCACCUACGAUCCAGAUGCGCGUACGCCCCAAACUUUGCCCUUCUACGACAACUCAUCCAUGCCUCCUAGCGAACUUAUCACUCAUCUUUGCGAUACUUUCUUUGUCCAUCUUGCUUGUAACUAUCCUUUUCUCCAGCGCGAUCGCUUCUUGAAGGACCUAGAAGAGAAGCAGGUUGAUGCGAUCCUCGUUGAUGCAGUUUGUGCGCUGGCUGCUCGCUUCUCUACACAUCAUUUACUUGUGCAACAGCCACGCGAAGGUCAAAUUGUGAACCAUUCAGAGCAAGGUUCUGCUUUCGCCCAGCGAGCGAAAAUCGCCUUGAUCGACACUUAUGCCACGCCAAGCGUUGCUGCUGUGCAAGCUGCGCUUUUGCUUGCCUACAAUGAGUUUGGCGAAAGCAGGGAUAGUGGUCUAUGGAUGUAUCUCGGUAUAUCCAUCCGCAUGGCUCAAGAUCUUGGCUUGCACAAACUUGAUGGUCUUCGGUACGAAGGUCGCGACGGCUCAUCUCCAAGGUAUUCUAGGAAUGACAAGCAUGUGGACAGAAUGAUCGGACGUGCCGAUUUGCAAGACCAAGAUCGAGACGUGGCCGAAGCACAGCGAGCAGCCGAACGUGAGCGAGUUGAUACUUUGUGGGCAGUCUUCUUCCUGGAUCGAGUGGUUUCAUCUGGUACCGGACGCCGCAGCACGUUACAAGAUGACGAUAUUGAGCUUUCUUUCCCGCCCCUUGAUUUGCUGGAUCCCAAGACUGGCUGGCCUUCCCCAUUUCCUGCACUGAUUCGAAUCGUCUGUUUAUAUGGCCGUGUUGCAGAUUUGCUCAACAGCAUCAAGGAGCCAUCGGACAUUACUAGUAAUACGCCACAACAGUUGGCAGACAUGGAAGCACGGGUCACGAACUUUUACCAAGGUAGGGCUUUUCUUCUCGGGCAGAUAUUCCGAAGAGUAUUGAUAUGUCGCANNGGUCUGUCCCCAAAACUACACUUCCAGGCCAUGAAUUUCCACCAUUAUGUCAAGGCUGGAGAAGGAACCAACUUUGUGCUGCUGCACUUCUGGUUCCACACUCUCAUCGUUCUGCUCCAUCAGCCGACAUUGCUGAAGACUUUCGAAGGCAAAAUGCUCCAGCUAUUCCCGAACAGCCAAGCACUUUCCAUGUCUUCUGCAAAGACUAUCGCAGAUAUUCUGUCAUACUCACAACUCAUCGACACGAAGGCGAGUCUUGGUAACCCAUUCACCACCCAGCCGAUCUACAUUGCCGCUUGUGCUUUCCUUAAGGAGACCGCCGAGCAGACCGCCACCUCAAAAGAGCAUUCUCGCUCUCAAUCGACAGCGAACUCCCGUGCUGCAAGUCCGGUUCGAGAACAGCCCACCCCAGGGGUUGCAGACAUGGCCAACAUGACUCGUCCGUCGAGCAUGUUAUCAACCAGCACCAGACCGCCGAUGGUGGAAAGAGCACUAGCCCGCCAUACUCUGUUAGCAACGGCAGCAAAUCAACAUUACCAACUUUGCUACAAAGCACUACAAAGUCUCGAAACAUACUGGGCAGGGACAAAAUACAUCCUCACAGUAUUGGAUCAGAAAUUCAAAGGUGUUGGAGAUCCCCUUCUGUACACAGUGGAAGAAGGCGAGAGUGCCUUUGAACAGCCAGAGCCGAAACCUGCAUUUAUCCAGCCAGGAUGGCGGAGGAAGACUCCAUCAGACCCGUGGUCUCCGAGCGCAUUGAUGCAAAGUUCUUUCUUGCAAGCAAAAUCUCCUCCAGCAGCUGGCGACCCAAACCAACCCAUCGGCUGGACACUGACAGGCACUCUUAACUCGCCAAGUACGAAUGUAGCUUGGCACUUCUCCGGCGGACCUGGUGCACACGAGCCUGCGCAGCAAUCACUUGGCUCGCUUUUGGAUAAUAAUACCUCCUUCGACUUCAACAACAUGCAAAACAACAGCACUCCAUCAUUCCAACAACAAGAUAACAACAACAAUCAUAUACGCACUUAUUCUGGCAAUAGUCUACCUCGCGCAUCACCUCUCCAACAACGACACCACCGAUCUUCGCUCCCAGCAUCAGCAUUUGCAACAAUACCGCCCUCGCCAACAUCUUUUCCCUCACCUGUCCAGCACCGACAUCAACAAGAUUCUCUUCAUGUCCCUUCGUUUAACCAACCGAACAGUAUGCAAAACUUGGAUGGCAGUAAUUUCAACGCAGAAGAAAGCUAUGGCGACUUUUUGAUCGAGAGCCAGGAUGUGGACAUGAGUUUGCUUGGCUUGGACAUGUUGCCUUGGUUUGAUGCGCCGAGUGGGGAGUUGAUGCCUGUGUUUGAUGAGGCAUUGGAGGUGGGCGAUGUGAAUGCAAAUGUUGAUGCGGGGUAUCAAGGACAAGAGAAGAAUGGAGGAGAGGGUAAUUAA